AUGGAGCUCGGUUCCGAGCCUAAGGAGCCUCUACUCCUCUGUGAAUCAUUGAAUCAUAAGAUUGAAUCAUUGAAUCAUAAGAGUGAAUAAUUGAAUCAUAAGAUUGAAUCAUUGAAUCAUAAGAGUGAAUCAUUGAAACCUUAAUCCAUUCGAGCUUGGCUCCGAGCCAUUCAAGCUCGAUUGUGUUGAACAUAUGAAUAUAGCGGGAGAAUUAUUAAGGAUAAGGAAGAUAAGAAGAUAAAGAUAAGAAGAUAAAAAGAUAAAGAUAAGGAAGAUAAGAAGAUAAAGAUAACAAGAUAAAGAUAAUGAUAAGGAAGAUAAAAAGAUAACGAUAAGAAAGAUAAGGAUAAGGAAGAUAAAGAUAAGGAUAAGGAAGAUAAGAAGAUGAAGAUAAGGGUCGAUGUAGGGUCGAUGUAGGGUCGAUGUAGGGCUAGGAGUAUAGGAGCCAACAAUGCAUAGAACCGUGUUUCUAUGCAAACUUGAAUCAUUUGCCGGAGCAGUCAAUAUCUUGGGAUAUCAGUAUCUUAGGAUAUCAGUAUCUUAGGAUAUCAAUAUCUCAGGAUAUCAGUAUCUUAGGAUAUCAUACAGUAUCUUAGGAUAUCAUACAGUAUCUUAGGAUAUCACACAGUAUCUCAGGAUAUCAAUUUCUCGGAUGAUGAAAGCAGCCACAAUGAUGAAAGCAGUCACGAUAACGAACCGGGUAGUGCAACGUCUCAAACAAAAGUGCAUAUUGAAAAAAAAAUUAAAAGAUUUAAAAGUGAAAUCUUUGUUCAAACGAUUGCCUGCAAAGCCACGCGCGCGAUUUUAAGGUAAUAAAUAAUCCCUAUCUAUCCAUAAUAAGCACUUAAGUUAAGAGAUUAAAAGUUUACUUGUAAUCCAUUAAUGACUGUUAAUGACUUUGGCGGUAUACGUGUUAGAGAGCCACAAACGACAAAAUUUCGAUAUAUCUUGCAUAUAAUCUGUAAUAACUCUGCGUUCGUUAGUAUUUUUUUUCCUGUCUCAAGCUCGCUGGGUGAAAAAAAAAAUUGUGUAUAUACAAACAGGGUGGGCGGGUUAAUCAUUUUUUAAUGACUCUGUAAUAUGCAAAUAUCGGCCAUAACAACGGCGUUGACAACGAUUUUAACUUGGGCUUAGCAACUGUUUAGUUCUGUUUAAAAAUUUUCAUAUGUAUGUCUGAAUUUUUCUUAUUCCUUGUUUAAUUGUCCUGAACAUGGUGAAUGUAUCUCCACGAAAACCAAGGAUGGUGUUAAAGUAGUGGACACUCUAAGAUAAUCUAAUAAAACUUUAUAAUACGAUGAAUUCAAAUAUACCUUUUAUACUCUAUUUUUAUUGUCAUUUAUAAUUUCGGGAAAUUUUGAAUAAAUUGGGAUAUUCUCAGCUGAAUUCCACCCGGAAUCUUUGCAAACUCUUAUAAGUCAGGAAUUUUUGUAAUACACAAUUCUCACUGCGCAUGCGUACAAUAUCUACGUCCCACAAGCAUUACAACAACUUUAGUAGAAUAUAUAUCGAGAAAGUGUUAAAAUUCAUUCAGUAUGUUAGAAGGAAUAUAUGUGGGGAUAAAUAUUAGCAAAGUAUUAAAAUGUAGUAAUCUUAAAAUGUAGUAAUUCUUAAAAUGUACUAAUGUAGUAAUCGUUGGCCCACACCUUUUAAAUACAUUAUAAGCGCGUGUAAUUGAUAUGAAAUUAUACUGUGAUGAAGUCAUGGGUGGAUCCACCCGAUCCACCCGCGCCAGAGCCCCUCUUCCCUAUACUACUGUUGUGGCUAAAUUAAAAAAAAACUGAGCUUACAGUAUAAGAAAAAUCUAAGUUUGCAUUGAAAUUUAGUGGGUGGUUUUUACAGAGACAGCCUCUUAGUACUUCAGCCUUCAAGCACUUAUUCUCUUUCUCCACAGUCGUGUAUUUAGUCUCAAGGUUAUCAAUUCGUUUAGUGAUUAGAUCAAAUUUUUCACUAAUAAAUUUUACACUCUCCGCAAGGUCGUCUAUUACUCCAGAAAUCGGCCCCAAUUUAUCCUCUAAUUUUUUAUCCAAGAUAGCCAGAAAUUAACAGUGAGUUAGUUUAAUGGUUUGACUCAUUUUUACAACAUGAAUUGACAAUAACAACACAAAAGACAGAUCUAGAAGAGCAAAAAUUCUCAAUAUGUGACGGAGCUCAAGAAAAUUGCCGCCAUCUUAACUGACCACUUGAUUUAGUAGACUGAGGGCAUUUAGUAGACUGGGUUUAUUGAAAAAUUUUUGUUUUCAAAUUAAUGAUGUAAUAUAAUAAUGGAGAUUUAGGGACUGAUUACAUGGAGAGUUUUCAGCCCGGGCUGAGUUUCAGCCCGGUUUCCCGGGCUGAAAUUUCAGCCCGGCCUAAGGAUAAAAUCCUAGUAAAACACAGCAAGCAAUUACAUGACCAAAAUUCCAGCCCGGGCUGAGUUUCAGCCCGGGCUGAAAUUUCAGCCCGGUUUGAGCUACCCGGGCUGAAAUUUCAGCCCGGGCUGAAACUCGGCCCGGCAUGCAUGUAAUCGCGAAUAAUUUCAGCCCGGCCUAAAAAACAACCGUUUAAAUGGCUUUAUUUUGCGUGUUUGUUUAAUUUUUAAAUACUUUACAUAUAACCACAGUCUCACACAAGUCAAAUACUGGACUAAUCAGUGUCUGAUUGCUUCAAAGAAGCGUAACACGCUUAUUGACCUAUUUCGUGACACUCAGAUUAUUUCAGCCCGGGCUGACAUUUCAGCCCGGGUUGAUGAUAAAUAUAGCUCUGACUAAACUCAGCCCGGGUUGAAACUGCUCAUGUAAUCGUGAUGCAAUUUCAGCUCGUUUAACCGGGCUGAAACUCAGCCCGGGCUGAAAACUCUCCAUGUAAUCAGCCCCUUAUAGUAGAAAUAUUACUGUUGUACUUGUUUUUCCCACAGGCCAAGCCAUCAAUAUUUGCCCAACAAGGGAGAUUACAGCAUCAAGUGGACAGAUUAAGUCGCCUAACUAUCCAAGCCACUACUCCUCGUCCACUAGUUGUACCCUUACAAUCAGACAACCCUUGGACACAAACAUCACUUUCACUUUCACCAAGCUUGACAUGCAGAGGGAUGAAGACGGUAAGUAACGUAGUUCAUGUUGGUAGGCCUGUUCGUACCUGCGCAGCUAACCGGGAAACAUUCCCGACUGAGAUUUGCAUGUAAUUCAUUGCCAAAAAUUAACGACAAAGUCGUAAACCGUAGCCGAGCUCUCAGAUUGCAAUAAUUUCGAGUUAAAUAUUUUCACCCUGUACACUCCCAGUACGAACUGAAAGCCAUUGUAUAUGGAUUAUAUGCAAAAUAAGUAUACGAGCAGUGGCCAUUUUGUCGCUAAUUUCUGCGAAUGUGUUAAUAAUGCUGAUAAAAAUUAUUGAACAUUGCCCAUGGACAAAUUGAUUAAUUUGGUUAAAUUGGAUUAAAAAUUGGAUGAGAAAUUCGCAAAAGUUUGUCCUGUUUUGCCAGGCGUAGUAAAAUAUAUGCGUAAUGAGAUCAUUGUAUAAAUCAUGCAUGAUAUAUUUCCUGGUUAGGUAUGUAGUCUUCGAGUUUACAUAUUAUUAAUAUGUGCUAUAUUUACUUCUUUACUUUGCAGAACACAAGAAGUGUCGAGAUUACCUCAUUAUAUCUGGAGUUUUAUCACAAACAUUUUGUGGGACCACUACCCCGGCGCCAUUUGUACCUGGCCUGAAUGUCGUCACACUGAAAAUGGUAACAGAUGACAGUGUUCAACAAAGCGGUUUUGAUCUUAAAUUUACCACAGUUCAUGAUG